AUGCCUCAGGCAGGCACUCUUGCCCUGAGCAGCUUCCUCAACUCGGCGGCGGGCUCUUCCAGCAGAAAGGUGUGUUUCUUCAUCCUCUCAGCUGAUCAUUCACCCUCGUCUGUGAAGUCUGUCUCUGGCAAUUUCCUAACAUUUUUACAGAGAUCUCACGCCGAAAUCACCCGUUCGCAGAGCCGAAGCCUUAGUCCCGACCACGUCCCCUCCAAGCGCCGCUGCAUCGGCCCUCCCACGGUCUUCGACUCUAACCCCAGUCCUCCUGCUUCACGACAGACCUCGCCUAACCACUUCGAACCAAGAGUACGAUACGAGGGAGACGGCUACGAUUAUCGAAGGCCCGCCAUGACCACGCGAAGUGGACGGACGACGGUAACGCCGGCCCCGAAUGAUUUCGUUGACCUUACCGCCGAGGACAGCGAUGAUGUCUCUAUAGUCUCAGAAGAUUCGCCAUCCCCCGAAAUUUUGGGACCACCGUCGAUACAACAGUCGAGGCCAGAGCUGCUGGCGAUGUGGCGGCAGGCAGCACAGCAACAAUCACGAAGGCAGGCCACAGAGCAGUCAGACGGAGGAACGCAGGCUGCAGAUAGAGCACACCGACAAGCACAGGCGCGAACAGCCCAUUCUCAGCAGCAGACUACACAGCAACAGCCGGACCAACUGCCCCGUGCCCCGCCGUUUGGUCACAGAGGACCAGAACGGACCGUGAUAGUUCUUUCAGACGGCGAGGAUUCCGACUUAGACUCCGGCACUGACGACUUUACUCCUGAGGAAUUCUUUCGAGGCGAGACCGAUGGAUAUGAUUCGGAGACGCUUGCGUCAGCUGCUUCACCUCCUUCGAUGGCCAGUCCGGAAGUUCAAUUUCUCGAGGAGAGACGUGUUCCACAGCCCCAGAGACCGCACCCGCCAGCUGCUGGCCACACCACGUUUGGUCUUCCUCUGGAUUUUCUGAGGCGGGGCACAGCACUCAUGCUUGGGAACAUGCAGAAUGUCGUGCGAGGCUACAACGAAGGCUUUUUGGAUCGAUUAGAUGGAGUGCCGCGAAGAAACCAACCAGUCGAAGGAGGUACCCUCAACAUCACUAUGGAUUAUGCUCGGCCUGGAUUUGCCAUGUUUGAUCCCUUCGAUCGCGGCUCCGAGACACCCCAGGUCGUUCAGGAGCCUUACAAGGCACCUCCAAUGGCGAAAGAGGGAUUCACAAGGACGUACAAAGAGGAGGACGUCAUCCUAUGUCCAAUGUGUGGUGAUGAGCUGGCGAUCGGCAAGGGGGAUGUCAAACAGCAAGUGUGGGUGGUGAAAGGGUGCGGACAUGUCUAUUGCGGUGAAUGUGCCACCAAUCGAUCGAAGUCCAAACCGACAAAGAAGGGCAAAGGCAAGGAGAACGAGAAGAAGCUGGAGUCGACGAGAUCACAGCCAUUCUCGGUCUGCCAGGCCGACAAAUGCACCACGAAGGUCGUCAGCAAGACAGCCAUGUUUCCCAUCUACUUAUGA